CGAGUCGGUGUCUCCGCUAACAUGCUAACAUGCUAACCCGGGAGUAUUUACCGGGGAAAAAACGGAAAAAACAAACAAGGGAAACGGUAGAACAGAUACCCCAUGUGAGCAAAGGAAAGCCGCAGGGGCUGAUGGGAAACCGACGCUAAAGUUUUUUUUUGUUUUUUUUUAAACUUUUAAACAGUUUUUUAUUCUCCUUCCUGCGCUCCAAUGCUAGCCUGCUAACGGCUAACGGAGCUGAAAGCACUCGGGAAAAGUUUGUGAAGCUAGCUAGGGCCAGGAAUUAGACGGCCCCAUGACGGUGGACGGAGUGAGACACUCCCCGAUCCUGUCUGUCCUGUUCGGGAUGACUGACGAGUCCGAGCCGGUGGGAGCCGCUCGGUUUAUUAAAGAGCGUCUCUACUUCGCCACGUUACGCAGUAAACCGAAAAGUACGGCCAACACUCACUACUUCUGCACCGACGACGAGUUCAUCUACGAAAAUUUUUAUGCCGACUUUGGUCCCCUGAAUCUGGCCAUGUUGUACCGAUACUGCUGCAAACUCAACAAGAAGCUCAAGUCGUUCACUCUGACCAGGAAGAGGAUCGUUCACUACACCAGCUUCGACCAGAGGAAAAGAUCCAACGCCGCCGUGCUUAUUGGCGGAUACGCGGUGAUCUACCUGAAGAAAACCCCAGAAGAAGCUUACAGAGCUCUGACGUCUGGUUCCAACGCCUCCUACCUGCCCUUCAGGGACGCUUCCUUUGGGACUUGCACCUUCAACCUCACGGUGCUCGACUGUCUGCAGGGCAUUAGGAAGGCUCUGCAGCACGGCUUCUUCGACUUCGAGACGUUUGACGUGGACGAGUACGAGCACUACGAGCGGGUGGAGAACGGAGAUCUGAACUGGAUCGUACCGGGGAAGUUUCUGGCCUUCAGCGGACCUCACCCUAAAACUAAGAUAGAGAACGGUUACCCUCUCCACGCGCCAGAGGCGUAUUUCCCGUACUUCAGGAAACACAACGUGACCACAGUCGUCCGCCUGAACAAGAAGAUCUACGACUCCAAGCGCUUCACCGACGCCGGCUUCGACCACUACGACCUCUUCUUCUUGGACGGCAGCACGCCCAGUGACAUCAUCACGCGCCGCUUCCUGCACAUCUGCGAGAGCACAGACGGCGCUGUGGCUGUCCACUGCAAGGCUGGUCUGGGCAGGACAGGCUCUCUGAUUGGCUGUUACCUGAUGAAACACUACCGCUUCACGGCAGGCGAGGCCAUCGCCUGGAUCCGCGUCUGCAGACCGGGCUCUGUGAUCGGACCGCAGCAGAACUUCCUGGAGGAGAAGCAGGCAGCGCUCUGGUUGCUAGGUGACAGCCAGCGUCCCCAGAAGGCCAAGAUGGAGGAGAGAACGGUGUCUCGCCUCAUCACUACGAUGGACGACCUCACGUUAAACUCUGCUCACAACAGCAGCACUCUGCACGAGAGUGAGACGUUGGACAGUGGGCCGGUCCUGACUCAGGGAGACAAAUUGAGAGCCUUAAAGAGCCGGCGUCUCCACCGACCCGCCACCACGGGAGCCCUCAGAGUGGAGGAGAUGAAGACUCACAGCAGUUCGGCCUCGCAGCCGCUCAGAUGGUCAAUGGGUGGUGGGCAGAGCCCCUCCUCCCCCCUCAAGUCCUCCAAAUUCCCAGCAUCCUCUGCUUCAGCUGCCGCCAAGAGGAUCGGAAGAAGUUCAUCGUCAACGGCCUCCAACAUCAGGAGCUCUCGGUUGGCCAGCUCUCUCACUGAUCUUUAUGCUGCGGACGCUGAAGAGGACAAAAAACCCUCGUACUCCUCUCUUCCUCUCCCCUCCUACUCCUCCUCCUCCUCCUCCCCCCCUCUGUCUCUCUGCUCCCCCUCCUCUCCUCUGGCCCCGGCCCCUCUGUGUCGCUACGGUAACGGCCCCCGCGGCGCACAGCACGAGGUAAACAACAACAACAGGGGUUUGUACGGGGGCUCUGCCGCGCCGAGCAGCAGGCCGGGCCCCCAGGAUUUCGGCCCCUACAGGGGCCCGGGCCCCCAGAGCGCGCUGAAGGGCCCGUCAGGACGCUACCUGAGCCGCUCCAUACCUUCUCUUCAGUCCGAAUACGUCCAGUACUAGAACUACAGAUCUCACCUGAGGACUCAUUACCCACAAUCCCCUCUGUGUGGGGAAACUAAUAAAGCAGCGGGGGUUCAGCUCCGUGACGAAGGGACAGCUGCUGUAUGUAAAUGAGCUGUAUGUUAAUGAACUGUAUGUCAAUGCUUUUAACACGUUGUAAAUAUCAUUGAUAACUAUGAUCAACUACAGGAGUUUGUUUGGCAGAAGAAGAUAUAUUUAGAUAAAGAAGACAUUUUAUAUUUCUUAUUUGUGACACGAGAAGAUUUAUUUUUUUUGUUACGAGCCGAAGGGCCAGACGCAGACGCGUCGUCGCGCUCACAGUAUUUACUUCCUGUCUGACAGGUGAUUGGUCCGCGCUCAUGCGUUGGCAAUUAACUGCAAUAAUAAUGACCGCAGGUGAAGAAGGGACAACAUUUGAAAACGACGCUUCGUUUGGGAACAACGUCCUUCUGCUUAAGCAGAGCGGCGUGACGUUUCACGUGAAGAGUAACGUAACUUGUCACUGGCCUGUCAGUUCGCCUUUCUUAAACCCAACUCUACGUUCUCACAUGUCCCCUUUAAGACCCGGGGAAGAAACAAUACGGACCCUUUCAGAACAAAGGCUCCCUGCACAAUCACAGGAAAACAAAUGGAUUGAAUCAAACCAUAAGUUAAGGGCUUAAAGGGAUGUUUUUGAGUUACAACUUUCUGUGAAUAUUAUUCAGAUUUUUCGGAUCAUUUUCUCAGGCUUCGAAGUGCCUUAAAGAUGCAACCAGGAGCUUUAUUUUCAUACACCGUAUCAGAGGGCUUUUAUUUUGGAGUGAACCACAUCCUGAUGGAUGAUAUUUAAAUGAAGAACUGUAAUGGUUGCUUAUUCUAUAUUUUAAUGUUGAAGUAUUAUGAUGAAGGGAAACGUUACAAAAUAUCUUUCAGACUUCUGUUUUUAUCUGAAACAGACAAUAAACUAAUUACUUUUC